CAGUCAGUCUUCAACGAAACCGGUCCUAGCGUACUCUCCCUACGUAACGUCUUUAGAUAUUAUUAAUUCUGUGUUUUGUAUUAAAAGUGUUAGUAAGUGACUUGUUUAAGUGUUUAAAUAUAAGUGGGAAUACUUGUCUGUAUAGAUAAAGAAGCGAAGAUGAUGAAACAAAUGUUCCUUCUGGCUUCGGCCGCUGUCUUGGUGGCAGCACAUCAUGAGCCUGAUCAUAUGGUACCCCAAAAGGCUAUUGUGAAGCUUUCCAGUCUAUCAGGUCAAGAAAUCUCCGGAAACGUGACUUUCACUCAAUUGGCUGAUGGCAAGGUCCAGGUACAAGGGUCUAUCUUUGGUCUGCCACUAGGUGAAUACGGCUUCCACAUACAUGAGAAGGGAGACAUCACUGGUGGAUGCUUGAGUACUGGUCCCCAUUUCAACCCUGAACAUAAAGAUCACGGUCAUCCAGGUGACAAAAAUCGUCACGUAGGAGACCUUGGCAACGUGGCCUUCGAUGAAAAUCGUGUUGCCACCAUCGACUUUACCGAUGACCUGAUCUCGUUGAUCGGUCCGUAUAGCAUCCUGGGCAGAGGUGUGGUACUUCAUGAGAGGGCUGACGAUUUCGGACGCUCGAACCAUCCAGACUCGAAGAAGACAGGAAAUGCUGGCGGAAGAGUCGCUUGUGGAGUCGUUGGCAUCUUGAAUCCGGUUUAUGGUUGGUCAAACAGAGCAACGACAUCCUCCCUUGCUUCAGCCAUCCUGAUACCAGUGACUGCGGUGCUCUUUUUAAACAACUAGCAUUUAUUCUGGUAUCAUUUGUAUAAAUUUCGUACCCUGGGUAACAAAAGCAUAAAAAUAA